ACCCCUUUUCUCUCUUUCGUUUUUUUGCUUUCUUUCUAAUAAUUCACAACAUGUCUUUCCCAUCUCGGCCACAAGAAACGUUCGGAGGCCGUGCUCGGUCGUCUUCUUUCAAUCAUUCUGUGAUUCGCAGACAGCAUUCCGAUUUACUUUUUACAAAUACAAACAGUAGUCAUAGAAUGAGAAGACGACCUAGUUUUGAUUCCCAUGUACACCGAUACGAACAACGACCUGUGCAACCCGUGGCUUCUCAUAGUAAUUUUUUAGCCGUCAGUAAGAAACAUGUUCAUAAUGGGGCUUCUUCCAUUGAUGAUGAUUCAGGGUCGGAAGAGUAUACGGAAGAGGAUGAUGGGUCCUUAUGUGUACGUACUACCUUGGGUGAACAUCGAGACUUUGUUGAAUCACCAACUCCGAUCACACCAUCCGAUUCUAAAUCAUUCACCAGUUCGUUUAAAGACAAAUUGGUUGUAAACCGAAAAAAUACAUCAUCAGCAGCACAAUCAGCACAAUCAGCACCAACCACAGGGAAAAAGGGGGUAUUUGGUAUGCUUUCCAGUAAGAAUAGCAGUACUACUACCAAUGGCAGUCAAUUGUACGAUGAUGGAUCUAAUGCGACGUACCCACCUCCUCAGAAGCAAACCGGUCAAAGAGAUCAAUACGGGUUUUUAAAGAGCACGCAAUGGAUUACUGAAGAUGAAUUCAAUGGUUUUGAAAAUUAUUAUGCGCCAAUGAUGAAACGUCGAUUAUUAAAAUGGCGCCAAUUAUUAUCUGACAAUCAUGAUAUGUGGCCUGCCAAGAGUAGUAAAGUUAAACGUUACAUCCGAAAGGGGAUUCCACCAGAAUUAAGAGGACAGGCUUGGUUACAUUAUAGUGGAGCUAAAGCGAGAAUGGAAUCAAAUGUAGGCCUCUAUCUUGAUCUAGUACGACGUGCCGAAGAAUUAGGAAGUAAAAACGAGAAUCUCGAGAUUAUAGAAAGAGAUUUACAUCGUACCUUCCCAGAGAAUAAAGCAUUUCGCCCUUACACAAGCGUGGAUGGUAGUCAUACACCACCGGCAUCUGUAGAAGAGAAAAACAAUAUACCCAUCAUCAAAUCCUUGCGAAGAUUACUCUUAGCAUUUUCAUUGUAUUCACCUUCCAUUGGUUACUGUCAAUCACUAAACUAUAUUGCAGGUAUGCUCUUACUGUUCAUGACGGAGGAAGAAGCCUUUUGGACCUUUGUCAUGACCAUCACUGUGAUAUUGCCUCCCAAUGUCUAUGAUGUGACGAUGGAAGGUGCUAAUAUAGAUCAAAACGUGCUGAUGAUACUAAUCUCAGAAAGAUUUCCCCACUUAUGGAAUAGAAUGUCUGGCGGUAAAACUUUUUGGGAAUGCGAGGAGGAAGGUGUAGGCAUGCCUACCUGCUCUUUAGUGACCAGUCAUUGGUUUCUUACCUUGUUCAUUAAUAUCCUGCCUAUCGAGAGUGUGCUACGUGUAUGGGAUUGUUUGUUCUAUGAUGGACAAAAGGUGCUGUUUCGUAUUGCGCUAGGCAUAUUUAAAUUGAACGAGAAUGAAAUCAUGGCCGUGCACGAUCCACUUGAAGUAUUCCAAGUUAUCCAGGUUUGUUCUUUUUAGGUGUACACUGGAAUAGUUACUCAUAUUUAAAAAAUUACGUAGAAUAUGCCAAAGCGCAUGGUGGACUGUAAUCAAUUGAUUGACGGGACUUAUCUACAAUAUGCGUCUACUACACAAGUGAGUGAUGAAGAGAUUGCGGACCGUCGAGAAUUGUUCAAGAAACGACGUGAUGAACGACGACGUAAUAUACCUGUACAAAAGGCGGGUAAACUUUCAAAAAGAGGUACGGUGCGUGGUGCCAUUAUCCAUCGAGCCAAAGAAGCUCGUUGGUUUGUUGAAAGGGCAAAGACUGUUAGAAAAUAGUAAUUAUAAUAAAAAAAAAAUUGUUUACAACUC